GAUUUUUUGAUACCAAUUGAUAUUUCUGAUUUUAUACCUCUGCCUCAAGUGUUAUUCGCUAUUUCCCUGCCAAUUGUGCCUAAAUCUUCCCCAGUUCCCCUGAGUUGCAGUUCCCUGAGUUGCACCAACCAUGUUGCGGAGCACACGACCUCUCUGGACGAGUUCGACAAGAACUCUUCUUUCGCAAAACGCCGCCACGACAACCUCUCGCCUACAGGCUUCUCAAUUGACCUCAAUAUCUAGAUCGAGGACACCCAAUGCUUCCACAACGGCACGCGUCCUACCUCUGAUACACAAGACAUCCUACGCCACGAAGCAUGUGCAGGACAAAGAGGAUCCGGAAGAGGUCAAGAAAUGGGCUGAGGAGAAGCUUGAACCGCACCCGGAGGCCGUGUCUAGCGAGUCAAGUGUUCGACAUUUCUCGGAUUUCCUAGAGCCAUCUCAGAGACCCGCCAACAAGGACGACCCAGCAGCAGCGCCGCCAGUCAAGGACGGAGUGGCCCAUGACUUGAACUUGGUUAAGGAGACCUUCUCCCUUAGCACCGUGCCUAAGGAAUCGCUCUAUCUCGGUCUCGCCGGUACUCUUCCUUACCUUGCAACAUCAUUCAGCAAUGUCUACCUUUCAUGGGCUCUGAACACCGAGUGGCCGACAUCCUCCAACUUUGUUAACUCAAUCCUAAUGACCCAUGAUAACGCUAGAUACUGGCUUGGUGUUGUCGAGCCUUUGCAAAUGGGAUAUGGCGCAGUUAUCAUCAGCUUCCUAGGCGCCAUCCACUGGGGUCUUGAGUACGCCGAAAAGACGCCCAGCAAGCCUCGAACGCAAUUUCGGUAUGGCAUGGGUGUCGCAGCAUCAAUUGUUGCAUGGCCUACAUUGUUUUUGCCCUGGCAGUUUGCCUUGACGUCACAGUUUGCUGCAUUCGUCGGCCUGUACUUUGCCGACUCUCGUGCCACAGUCCGAGGUUGGGCACCCUACUGGUACGGCACCUACCGCUUUGUCCUUACAGCCAUUGUCGGCGCAGCCAUCAUGAUCAGUAUCAUUGGUCGCUCAAAGAUUGGUGACACUGCCCCACGACUCUCUGGUCUUAGCGAGAAGUUCCACGCGACGCAUGGCGAGGAGCCAUAUAGCAACAAAUGGGCCAAUGCCGAGCAGCCAGCCAAGAAGGAGUAUCAGAAUAAAAAGGCAGAAGAAGAGAAGCGCAAGCAAGAAGAGGAGGCCAAGAAGCAAGAAGAGGAGGAGGCCAAGAAAUGCGAAGAAGGAUGCGAAGAAAGACGAGAAGAAGGAUGAGAAGAAGGAUGAGAAGAAGGAUGAGAAGAAGGAUGAUAACGAGAGUAAAGACAACGCUAAGAGGGAUCAGGAGUCUCAGGAUAAUGAAAGUGGUGAUGAAAAGAAGGAGGGCAAGGUUGAAGAAAACUAAGCCGUUUAACGAUUGUACAUCUCGGUUGCUCUUCGAAAUGGCUCCGGAUGCAUUUCUCUCUGUAUAUAAAUAGAGCCUGGCGUUACUGGGACUGGAUGUAUACUAUCAAUGAUACAUUUGACUUCGAGGCCCUGCACGGAAGGGGUCUACCCAAUAUCG